AAAAAAAAAAAAGCCGGUAAACACUGCAACAAAUCUGAGAGCAAAGACCAAGGGGGACGCCAGAGAACCUCACAUGACCUUGCCAACUUCAAUCAUGGCUGCUCAUCAGUGGUGGUUAGGUGGGCAGGCGAUACGAUGGAGCACACGGCUGGAAGGCUUUAUUGACAGGAUUGUCUGUGACUGCUGAGAAUGGGACAGAGAAUGACCAAUUCUGAUUAAGGAAGACGAAAGACAUCCUGGAGAGGGAGCGCUGCUCAGUACUGCUGCGCACUGCACUGCCUCUGCACCCCUGCGUGCCUGUGUCUGUGUGACUUAGUGUGUGUAUGUGUGUGUGUGUGUGUGAGAAAGUGAGAGCGAGAGAGAGAGAGCGAAAGGGGGCGUGUUGGUGUGUGUGUGUGCUCUGCUGCACAGCCACGGUAGUGUGAGCUGAGUAAUGCUCGCUGGCUGUCUCCCUCUCCCUUUGCUGCUUGGCUGUGCCUCUUUCUGCCGAGCACUGAUGAACCAUUUUAUGCUACCGAGCUGCCAUAGCCAUCAUCCCGGGUUCAGCUGCUUUUCUGUCCUUUCAACACAGUAGGAAACACCUGCCACUGCAUCGGUCCUUUUACAGCCGCUGCUAAGCUGAGAAAUGAAGUGUUACACCACCAGCUCCCAGGUGUGCAGCGUUUGGACAGCUUUCGUCUUCUGAAGGACAACAGUAGAUCUCUGAGACUCAACCCUGAGACCCUGAGCCACCAAAGACAAAAGCAGAAGUUACUGGAGACUGAGAUCAGCACCAGAAGAAAGGAGUGUGAAGCACUUGAAGCAGAGGUGAAGAAAAAGAACCAAACAUGUCAGACUUUGGAGAAUGAGCUUGAAGAUUUCCUCCAGGAGAACAAACAUUUGAACCUCCAGUUCUUCAACAAUAGCCACAAGACAUCUGAGUAUGAAAAGGUGAAGUUUGAGUAUGCCCAGCUCAAAGAGACCCUUGGUGCUGUGACGCAGGAGAGAGAUUUAGCCCUGUGGGAGAGGAACCAGCUCCAAGGCAAACUGGAGAACCUAGAGCAGGUGCUCAAGCAUAUGCGCGAGGCUGCAGAGCGGAGGCAGCAGCUAGAGUUGGAGCAUGAGCAGGCCUUGGCUGUACUCAAUGCCAAGCAGCAGGAGAUUGAAGUUCUUCAGAAGGCUCAGGUUGAGGCAAAAAAGGAACAUGAAGGCGCAGUCCAUCUGUUAGAGAACCACUUGGACAGCAUGCAGGCCAAGGUCCGCGAGCUGGAGGAAAAAUGUCGGUCUCAGAGUGAGCAGUUCAACCUCCUGUCAAAAGAGCUGGAGAAGUUCCGGCUCCAGGCCGGGAAGUUUGAUAUCCUCGGCACUGAACCCCUAACUCUAUGUGAAUCUCCUGGGUCGCCCAACAAAUCCCUCUCACAGCUCCUUAAUGGACUGGCUGCCCCCAUAGGAAAAGGCAAUGAGGCUCCAACAAGCAGAUCUUUGAUAUCGGAGUUCAUUCGACCACUCCAGAUCAGUGGAGACAAGCCUGAGCUCCUCUCUGUCAAGCCAACAUUCCUCACUCGCGGCCGAGUCAGCAGCCCAGCACGGGCUUCCCACUCUGAGAUGGACAAAGAGCUCAGCUCAACUACCAGGUCUAAACUAAGGUUUACGGGGAAGGUUCGUCUGUGUCUUGCUCGGUACAGUUACAAUCCUUAUGACGGGCCUAAUGAGCAUCCUGAGGCAGAGCUCCCCCUGGUGGCAGGGAAGUACCUCUACGUUUACGGGACGAUGGAUGAGGAUGGCUUUUAUGAAGGAGAGCUGCUAGAUGGACAGCGGGGACUCGUCCCAUCCAAUUUUGUGGAAUUUGUCCAAGAUGCGGAGACACCCUCUGCCAAACACAGGGACACAUUGGCUAAAGAACCUGGCUACCUCAAUCACAGUAGCCUGGGGCCUCAGAGACUGAAAUUCGGCACAGGAACGGGAACGGGAACGAGCAUAAGCAGCCUGCUGUCGGACAGUAAACUAGACUGUCUAAGCACCAGCAGCUUGGGCAUGGACCUCCUGGGCUCCUCCAGCAACGGGACAGGAACCUUGGAUGUCAGCACUGACGAGGUCGGUGAAGACAUUGUGCCUUACCCCCGCCGCAUCAACCUGAUUAAACAACUGGCCAAGAGUGUGAUUAUUGGCUGGGAUCCUCCUGUGGUCCCACCGGGCUGGGGCUCCAUCAGUGGCUACAAUGUCUUGGUGGAUAAGGAGGUGCGCAUGAGUGUCCCCUACGGGGGCAGGACAAAGUCUCUUCUUGAAAAGCUCAAUCUGGCCACCAACACCUACCGUAUCUCAGUGCAGAGCAUUACGGACCGGGGCCCGUCGGACGAGCUCCGGUGCACUCUGCUUGUGGGAAAGGAUGUGGUGGUGGCACCUUAUUACCUGCGGGUGGACAGCAUCACGCAGGUCUCUGCUGAGCUCUCUUGGAUGCCCAGCAACAGCAACUACAGUCACACCAUCUUCCUCAAUGGUGCAGAGUACGACAUGGUCAAGGCGGGGGGCUAUAAGUACAAGUUCUUCAACCUGAAGUCCAUGACAGUUUACAAGGUGAAGGUUGUGGCGCAGCCGCAUCAGGUGCCUUGGCAGCUUCCGAUGGGUCAAAGGGAAAAGAGGGAAAUCUCUGUGGAGUUCUGCACUCAGCCUACAGUGUGUGUGUUGUGCUCCUCAGGGCCCCCUCUCCCGCCCCAGGAGGUGCAGGUCCAGUGUGGUCAGACGCCGGGGGUCUUGCAGGUCAGAUGGAAGCCGCCCCCUCUGACUUCUUCAGGAACCUCCAACGGUGCCAGUGUGAUUGGCUAUGCCGUGUGCACAAAGGGACAAAAGAUAGCAGAGGUAUUAUACCCCACAGCAGACUAUACGACUGUGGAGUUAAACAGGAUCCAGUGUCUGGAGGCCAGGGAACUCAUUGUAAGGACGUUAUCAACACAAGGAGAGUCCCAGGACUCGCCCGUGGCCAUCAUCCCGCACAAUCUCUUGGGCUCUCCACGCCUCUCCCACCGAACCAUUGCACCUUCCCACACUAUGGUGCUCCCGCAGUCCCAUCCAGUACACUCACAAACCCAUCCUCCUUAUCCGUCAACGUACCCCCUGAAUCAUCCUCAGCCCCAGGUGCAGCCUCUUCCUCGAACCCAGCCCCACACGCUGCCCCACGCACAGCCGCACUCGCAGCCCGUCUGCCAACCCCCUUCUCAUUCCCAGCCUCAUUUCCAGUGCCACCCCAUGCCCAAGUCCAAACCGUUAGUAAGUGCCAGAGAGCCCGAAACCAAAGAGCACGAGGUGGGAUUGCGGACAGCCCAGCCCUGGGAGCGAUCCCCAUCUCCGCUGCCUCACAUGCGUGGACCCAACCUGGAGCCGCCGCACUUCCAGCCACGGCGAUCUCCCUCUCCUCAGAGGAUUCUGCCACAGCCUCAGGGAGUCCCCAUCCCCAACACCAUCGCCAAGGCCAUGGCCAGGGAAGCUGCCCAGAGAGUGUUUGCCGAGGGAAAUCAGGUUGAGAAAAGGAACAUCUUUAGUGAGCGAGGUAACGCCUCGCAUCCACUCAACUCUGACGAGGAGGAGGAUGGCUACGACUCUCCUCAUGCGAGGAGAAGAGGAGCCUCGGUGGAUGAAUUCCUCAGAGGCUCAGAGUUGGGCAGACAACACCAUCAUCCCCACUACAGCCACAGUGAGGAGUACCACACGGAGAGUAGCCGGGGUUCGGACCUGUCCGACAUAAUGGAGGAGGACGAGGAAGAUCUUUACUCUGAGAUGCAACUGGAAGAGGGCCGUAGGCGCAGUAUCAACUCUCACAACACUCUUAAGGCAUAUUACAAGCGUCAGGACUUAGCCGAGGAAAGAGACUGCUGGGACCUCCAGAGGGAGGUGGUGAAGCAGAAGUCGCUCCGCAGCAAGCGUCUCCACAGCAUCCCCGAGGUGGCCGAGGAAGAUUCGGACUGCGUGGACAGCAUGGGCCAGCGCCUGUGUUUCGAAGAGGGCGGCCGGCCGGGAACGCCGCACACUCAGCGGAGAAUGUACCCCCAGGACACCCACAUGCACAACCAUCACACCCCUGGCAAGAACUCCCGCUACCUGCAGCGUCAGCGCUCCUCCCCUCGCUUCACUGAUAGCCGCUACUGCUACAACGCAGACGACCGCAGCUUGGUACGACCCAACCGCCAGAGCACCAAGAGUCCCGACAGUGGUUUAGACUGUGGCAGUGAGGAAGAAGGCUCUCUAGGCCGUGGUUAUCGAGGGUACUAUACUCACGGAAGCCCCAUGCGGGGGCCCGUGCAGGUCAUUCACUGUGAAGGGCCGGUAGAAAGGCGGGCGCUGGCUAUGGGCCGUAAAAGAACUCUGACCCGCCAGUGCAGUAUAGAGGAGGAGUUCUCUGACAGCCCAGGGACUGCAACCAAGUCGGUACACACAGGUGACUUUAGGAACAGGGAGCACUUUGGGCCUGGUCGAGAGGCCGGUCAGCGAAACUACCCCAGGGAAGGGGCCCUGAGCGAGGGCAGGCUCAACGAGCUGGACAGGGUCUAUUACAGUCCCCACAGGGAGGCUAGGGUCCAGUCUUUGUCCAGGCUCAACCGGGACCAGCCGCUGAUCAUUGGGAACUCAGCAUCACAUGGAAGCGCUGAUCGCCUGGAGCACUCAGGGAGGAGGCCGGUUCACAGUGGCAACCCCCCUCAGCAACGGCCCAUCCCAUCCAUUGAGAUCACCAUGGACAGUAACAGUGAGGGGAGUGAGGGGAACCUCUCACCCGUCAAGGAGGAUGUUUACUAUGGCAGUGUAGCUCGGCGCAGGAUAUGGCGAUCUAUGUCCUCAGAGGAUCAAUAUGAAGGGUAUGGCGGUCGCAGGCACGGGCGGGGACGGCGCUCCCCGGAGUACUAUGAGGAGUCUGAGCCGGAGGAGAUGACCCGUGUGUUCGUGGCUCUGUUCGACUAUGACCCCAUGUCCAUGUCUCCCAACCCCGACGCUGCUGAUGAGGAGCUGCCAUUCAAGGAGGGCCAGAUCAUCAAGGUCUUUGGGAAUAAAGACACAGAUGGCUUCUACAGGGCGGAGGUCCGAGAGCGCGUGGGUCUGAUCCCCUGUAACAUGGUCUCUGAGAUCCAAACAGAGGAUGACGCCAUGAUGGACCAGCUCCUCAAACAGGGCUUCCUGCCACUCAACACUCCUGUGGAGAAGUUAGUGAACUGUGACCGUUUCAAAGAUGGCCGCUCAAUAAAUCGCAGGUCCAGAAAGUCCAAGAGAGAGAGGAACAGGCGGAGUGGCCGCCAGCACCCAAUGUCCACACGGAGGAUGGUGGCUCUGUACGACUAUGACCCCCGAGAGAGCUCCCCUAACGUUGAUGUAGAGUAUGAGGGCAACAGACUGAAUGAGGAGGCUGAACUGACUUUCUGUGCUGGUGACGUCAUCACAGUUUUUGGUGAAAUAGAUGAAGAUGGCUUUUACUAUGGCGAGCUCAAUGGGCACAAGGGACUUGUUCCUUCCAACUUUCUAGAAGAAGUGCCUGAUGAUGUAGAGGUUUUUCUCACUGACUCACCAUCUCGAUACCCCCAGGACACUCCUGCACGGAUAAAGACCAAAAGGAAGAAGAGUGUUCAUUUCACACCUUAAAGGCUCUGUUUCCGUCACGUUCCAUUGGAAAAAUCGGGUCCGCCCAGAAGAGCAGGCUCUCCCACAGUGCGUCCACACAUCCCUGGCCGUCUCAUCAGGGCCCCACCGGACAUGUACUCCUCCAAAAAGAAAAAGGGACUGCUCUCCAAAGGGAAGACACUAUUGCAAAGACUCGGCGCUGUAAAAUAAUUUGACAUACUUGGAAAGGGUCAACCACUUCCUUGUAGUGUUAAAAGCAACAAAAAAAAAAAUCUAAAUAUAACAGUGGACAGGUGGCAUUUGAGAGCUUAGCAAAUGCUUUAUAUUCUUGUACAUCUGUUGUCGACUAGAAUAUUUGUAUUUUGUUAACAGUAUCAACUACAUAUUUUCAAUAACAUUUCAUAUUAUGAACCCGCGACCUCGUGGUGUCGACCAAUGUAAUAUCGAGUAUCUUACCGCCAAGUCUCUGAUGUUUUGCUGUAGACCGAGACAAGGCCCGGGGCAUUUUCCUUGUUGCACCUGAUCAAGUCUGAUGGCACUUAGAACACCAGAUGGGGAGUGUGACCAGUGUCUCUGUGUACAGAAUGUCAUUAAAACACUGAGGGAUCAUCAAAUAAACCGUGGGGAGUCCAUUUUGAAUCUGAAGAAAAAGACAGGGCCUGGUAAAGAUCUCAUACAGUCACACAGCCAGCUAGCCACAUAAACUGUACGAGAGGUUUGCAUGCUUUACUUCAGCACAUUCCCUCCCGACCCCUUGAGAGUGCAUGCAAUGUGACGGCUCAGUAUGGAACCUGGAGCAUGCAGCACUUUAAUACAACGUGGCCGACUGGCUGCCCAGUAUACUGUAGUGUAACACAUCAGCAGCAUUAACUCCUACGCCCUAUCUUAAUUGUGAGAGACAAGACAAGCCCCCCCAACAUGCCAGACACCUAAAAAUGUAAGCACAUAUUGUACCUACUACAGGGUCUCUGCGUUAAAAUCAGCCUGAAUGGAAAUAGAUCCAGCCUCUAUGUACUUGCCUUAUAAUCGCACAAUGGUUAGUACUUUUGCCCAGUAGAGCGUGCAGUUCCAUGCCUACUAUUCAUUUAUGUCGGUAAAAUCUGUUUGCAGAUGUUAAUCCUGACUUGUGAUGUGCAGGGUACUGUAUUGUGUGACUGUCCGUGAUUUCAAUAGGACAAGAGCUUACACAUUACAGUCCAAGGCCCCCUGGUGAUGACAAUUUCCAGCUAUAGUAAAGCCCAAUAAAUUAUUUUCAAUCAUAGAAAACAAAGUCAAUAUUCCCUGCAUACUAAUUGUUGAGGCUACUGAGUGAAAGAAGGGACUUUUUUUUUUUAUCUUCAAAAGGUCACUGUUUUUGAUGCCACACUGAUGCACAUCUGAUAUAAAACAAUGACUAACCUCUUUAAAAGAUAACUAUAUUACGUAAACUGAUUCAAAAACCGUUAAUCUAUGCGAUAUAGCUAUUGUAUUGAAUUUGAUUCACAACAUGCAACACUUUUGGGCUUCACUAGAAGACUCAAGGUUUCACUGUUUUCACAGUAGUUAAGAUUGAGACACAAGGCUACCUCUACGCUGCCUCCUCUGCCCUUCUAACCCAAAAUCUUAGAUCAAAAAAAUGUUUCUUCAAGCCAAUCGCUCAUUGUUACUUAUGCCUGUUCAGCAUGUCCCGAGUUAGGAUGGUGCAGGAUACAAGUACUGUACGUGAACACACACACACACACAUUAUACAUAUAUACACACACACACACACACACACACACAAAAACCUUUAUGUAGAGUAGUGAAUGUAUGAUGAAUUGAAAGCCAAUGUAUUGUCAAAGCUGCCCAAAAGAAUUGUGCAGAUGUCCGUCUUUGUGCGUGAAAUGAAACAGUCCACCUUUAUUUCCUCACAUCAUUGUUUUCCAUUUCAUUAUGUAAUUGAAAAGCUAGCCUAUUUUUUGUAAACACAAGAGUUGAACUGAAACUGCCAAAAAAAGAAUGUAUGCAAAACAUUCUGUAAUACUUUCUGUACAAUUGUCGGCCGAACAGCCAUGUUAACCCACAGUACAGUAAACUGAUGUACAUCUUUUCCUAUUUCUGGACCAUGUUUUCAGACAUCGCUUCUAUUCAUUUUGAGUGACUGUUGCUCUUUUUGUACUUUGUCCAUUUGUACAAUUGUUUUUAAAUGUUUAUACUUGAUUUUCAAACUGCCUUUUUUGUACAUUUAAAUUUAUAAUCAAACAGUGCAAGCUUUCCCCAUGGUGUCUUGAAGACCAUAUUGUUUAAAAGUCUGCAAUUGUGUGCUAGCUUUAUGAUAAGAAUUAUCAGCCUAUAUUGAUGGAUACAACUUAUUGUGUGGGUGUGCAUGUGCAAUCUUUUCUAAAAAAACAAAAA